AAAUAUGAGGACUCCAAGUCUCCUUCAAAUACUGGCCGGAGUCGCUGGACAACGCAGAGAUUGAAAUUAUUGCUAGAAAUUCCUUGAGCAGAGCAGGAGUUGGGAAAACAAUGUCUUCAACCUCUCUACCUCUUGACGUGCUGAUGGAAAUCCUGUCGAGGUUGCCACCAAAAUCCCUCCUCCGAUUCAGGUGCGUCUCGAAGACCUGGCUUACUCUGAUCGGAAACCAUGAUUUCUUCUCUACAAACCUCCUCAACCACUCUAUUCUCACCACCCAAAACCCCACUCAUCCUCUUCCUCUCAUCCUCGUCAAAGCCACAGACAAAUCGAACGCCGAAAAGUUUGUGUUCUAUUCCCUCUCGUACGACACCCUCGACUGUGUGUCUCAGAUCCCGAUGAAUCUCCCUCUAGCACCCGUUCAUUUCCUCAAUAGAUCAACUUAUUACAUCAAGCUCGUCGCUUCCUCUAAUGGGCUACUAUGCCUUUUCGAUUUCCAAACCAGAGACGUCUAUCUCUGGAACCCCACCACACCACAUGUAGGAUUCAAGGCUAUCCCGCCCUUGUCUCCUCCUCCCUUCAGCGUUGGGUUCGGCUUCGACCCCAAUUCCAGCGACUUCAAGGUGGUUAGCGUUCGUCACGUUGUGAACGGCUCUGGUACGGCAGCGCUGAUAGCGGAAGUCUACAGUGUGAGCCGUGGUUCGUGGAGACUGCUUGACCUACGCGUGCCUGAUGGUAUUUUUGCCCGUUCACAGACUCUGGCUUUGGGUGGGAUUUUCUUAUGGUCGGCGGAGCAAGGUGGCGGUCAAAUUAUUUCUUUUGAUUUCACCGACGAGGUGUUCCGUACGACACCGGUUCCGUACUCUAGAGAUCGGUUGUGUUUUUCUCACCAAUUGAUGGAGUUAAACGGGCAUGUUGCUAUGGCGAUUUUUCCUCGCCAUUUUAGUAAUAUAAAGAUGUCUUUGGAGAUAUGGGUUUCGCUUGAAUUUGGUGUUACGGAGUCGUGGACUAGAUUUGUUAGCAUUGAGAUUCCCAUGGAUUUGGGAAGGCCAUUGGGAUUUUGGAAGAAAGGGAAGUUGUUCAUGGAGAACAGUGAGGGGCAGUUGGUCUUGUAUGAUCCUUUUACACAGACAAAGAAUUAUCUUCAGAUUGAAGGGUUUAAGGAAUCGUUCGAAGUUGUACUCCACACGCAGAGUUCGGUUGCCAUCAGUGCUGGGCAGGAUAAUCUGUGAGAACAUCUUCUGCAGCUUUAGGAUUAAAUCCAGAGAGAAAGAGUCUACUGAGAAGGAAACAAAUCACCAGGUGGCUUGGUCAGAGGUUGGGCUUCAUAAACGACAUCGACUGAAUACUAGUAUCUCUUAUGGAAUGGUGAACUCUAAUGUGUUAUUGUUUCUUAUGAAAAAUCCUGUUCUGUUUUAAAAUGUUUCAUUGGUCUGUAGUCUAUACCACUCUUUCUCUACAAUGUCAUCGCUGUUUUAUAGCAUCAUGCACUUGCAACAACAUUUUAGACUC